UCUCUCUGAUCUCUCUCUCUCUCUAUUAGAGUUUUUGUUGAAAUUAAGGUAAAAGAAAAUAAUGGCUUGCCCUUCAUCAAUGGCAAUAGGGGAAAAUGGGGAAGAUGAAGUCAUCCAUGUGUUGGCUGUUGAUGACGAUCCAGUUAACCUUAUCAUCCUUGACAAAUUGCUCAAGUCUUCUUAUUGCAAAGUAACAACUGCAGAGAAUGGAUUGAGAGCCUUGGAGUACCUGGGGUUAUUAGCAGGAGAUGACCAAAACAACUCUCCAAACACCAACGUCCCAAAGGUGAAUUUGAUAAUAACAGAUUACUCCAUGCCUGAAAUGAAUGGCUAUGAGCUUCUUAAGAAAGUCAAGGAAUCAGCAAUGCUUAAGGAUGUCCCAGUUGUGGUAAUGUCAUCAGAGAAUGUUCCAAGUAUUAUCAACCAAUGCUUGGAAGGAGGAGCUCUUAUGUUCAUGCCAAAGCCUCUCAAUCGCUCUGAUGUGAAGCACUUAAUAUCUCAGUUGCGUUAAUGCAUGCACUUCUUCAUUUUUUUAAUCGAUUUGUUUUUUGUUUUUUCUUUUAAGAUUAUUGUGUGUAUGCUUAUUGGAUGUUCAAAUAUAUUACAAUGCAUGAUCUAUUUAUACAA